AAAAAUGUCCUGUGUACACACUGUUUGUACAUGCGCCGACACCAUCCUUAACCCCACCACCCACAACUUCCUGUGUCUGUAUAUAAAAAAAUCCCCGGCGGCAACCCUACCUCCACGUUGCCGCCGCAUCAUCACAGCUCCACCACCCACAGCCACAUCCAUCAUCACUCCCACAACCACCACAAAAUUGACAAUACCCACAACCACCAUCAAGCCUUCACCUUUGUCCUUGUCACAACAUAGCACCGAAAUCAACAAUAGAACGCGCACCGAAAUCAACAACAGAACGCUGAGGACGGUCCUCCACCACACACGUAUCAGAUCUCGGCCCAGAGGAGUCCGACGAUUCCAUUCACCGGAAUCACUCUGUGUCGUCGGAUGGCAUGAAAGAUGCAGAGUGUAGAGAGAGGGGGCUAAGAAUCUGAGGAGAGAGUGUUGAAGUGUGGUCGCCGCCAUUACUGCAGAUCGAGGUGGUUCAAGACGCGCCGCGUGGGUUCAAGACGCGCCGCGUGGGUUGAACGCGCUGUAACGUCGGCUAUGGCGGCAAUUCAUUCUUGGCCGUCUGGUUGUCUUCAACACUGAUGAGGACAUCGGCGCCAGCGUGGUGAGGGGAGGCGAGGAUUUGGAACCAAGAGAAGGGUUACCUACCGAGAAUAUUUAUCAUUGAUAUCUACCAUCUAAAAAUAAGCCCUGCUUUUGAAGCAUGACAUCCAAAGUGCUUGAGCAGCUCUGUUUUAGGGGACACGGGAAACAAUUCCUCAAACAUGUCAGCACAUUUAUCAUUGAUAUCUACCAUCUCAAAAAAAAAAAAAAAAACAGAGAAGCAAACGCCGAAGAAGAAGACCAUGACUGGGUCAACGAGUUUCUUGGAGCACUAGAUUGUUCCAGUAUAGAAAAGGCAAAUUUCUUCGAUUGCGCACUGGUAGUUCUAGUCUCUGGUUCCAAAUCCAGCUUCUACUUUCUCUACUCAAGAUUGCACAGGGGCAUCCAAUGACUUAUAACUGGCAUUUGGUGAAUUGCGACACCUGGAUGAAUAUCCAUCUUCGUGAAGUCAUCUGCACCUCAGAAGAUGGAGAAUUGGAGAUAGGUUUUGGAGAAUGCCUGAAUGCUACAUUCGUGGGGAUACAAGUGAUUGAUAAAGUUCAAGAAGAAACCAAGAGCCGUGCAGAUAGAAAACCACCUGGGGUAGGGCGUGGAAGAGGAAGAGGUAGAGAGGAUGGUCCUGGUGGGAGGCCAGCAAAUGGUAUUGGGCAUGGCAUGGAUGAUGGAGGUGGCAGAUGCAUAGGUGGAGGCCGGGGCAGGGGAGCGUCUGGUAGCAAGCCUGGUGUCAGCAGAGUUAUAAAUUUAUACUCAUUUAUUCCUAGUCUAGGAUACAAGCAGCAAACCUAUAAUUCCCAUUUCUGAUGAUUUUCAUCACAAAGACAACUGCAUGAUUUCCUUAAAACAUAUUGUCGCUGAUAAACUUAAACACCAUAUGAAAUUUUUAUUCUUUAAAUGAACAAAUCAUGUUUUAUGGUGAUCAUAACACAUGGUAUCCGUGCACUAUUCAUGAUUUUCUUAAGCAUGUAUUUUUUUUUCGAGUUUGUAAGAAAAGAAACCCCAUGUGAAAAAUCGUGUGUUUAAGGUGAUCCUCACUUGAAUGGUGCAUAUACCUAUUUGUUGAGGAAAAUAGCAGUUGCAUUUUUGUUGCUUUCUAAGAUAAUAAGUGGAUUGAAAUUUGGUGACCGGUGGAGGUCCUGGUCGUGGCUGAUACCUAUUUGUGACAAAAAUAGCAGUUGCAUUUUUGUUGCUUUCUAAGAUAAUCGGUGGAUUGAAAUUUGGUGACCGGUGGAGGUCCUGGUCGUGGCUGAUACAAGUAAAGCUGCCGAAUCAAGUAAAUGGAAAGAAAUUUGCUGCGUUAAUGGACAGUUUGUCCCUUUAUUGGCGCAAUAAAAGUGCAAAAAUACAUUGUUGGAAGAAAGAUCUUCUUAUCUCCUCCAAUGGUUGAGGAGGAGGAUGUGAAGGAAAAUGAUCACUUUUAAGUAACAGAUACUGUCUUCC